AGGUUGCUAUAUCUUAAAGAGAGCCAAAUGUUUUAUGUCAGUCUUCCAAUUACUGCAGUUUUGUUUGCAUGCUGUUGAUUUCUUUCUCAGCCGAUGUUUGCCUAAUGCCAUUCAAGAUCUUGCCUAUAAAAAGUUUGUAAUCCAAAUCAGGACACCAUUCCUACAGAGCUCUGGGACGUGAGGUUCGCCACCGUGAGUUGAAUAUCAUCAUAUACCUUUUCAGAAUGAAAACGUAAGUAAAAAUUGGGUACUGGGCCAAAUGACUGAAAGGAGAACCUUGAUUUAGAGGUUCCUGUUUGUGCCUCUUGCAGCUAUCUCAGAAUGCACGCACACAUGUGGUCUGCUUUGAGCCUGACCUCAUGUGCAGGCAGAAGUCUCUUCAGUUGGUGGAACUGUUGUGGUGAGAGACCUCAGUGCGUCGCGUCUUCUGGGCACUGUCAUCUUGGUUGAAAAGUUUUGAGUGCAGCAUGUUUUGCCCACUGAUUACCACUCUGAUUGCAGUGUUGCCGAGUUGUGCUUUGAGCCUGAGUGACUUGAUUGUUUCCUCUCCUGAGCUAAUGGUCCACGUGGGUGAUUCGGCCCUGCUGGGAUGUAUGUUCCAGAACACAGAAGAGAAACCCCUGAUCAAAGUAGACUGGAUGUUCUCGUCUGGAGAGCGUGCUGAGAGUGAAUAUGUGCUGUAUUAUUAUUCCAACCUCAGCGUGCCUACGGGGCGCUUUGAGAGCCGGGUGCGCCUGGUGGGCGACAUCUUGCACACUGAUGGGUCUCUCCUGCUUGAAAAUGUACAAGAAGAUGACCAGGGAUACUUCACCUGUGAAAUCCGCAGGAAGGGGGAGAGCGUGGUGCUUAAAAAACAGGUGCGGCUGCAUGUGCUGCCAGAGGAGCUGAAAGAGUUCGAGAUCCAUGUGGGUGAUUCGGCUCAGAUGGGAUGUGUUUUCCCGAGCACAGAAGAGAAACGAAUGACCAAAGUGAGGUGGAUGUUCUCUUCAGGACAGAGUGCCAAGGAGGAGGUUGUUUUACAUUAUGACCACAAAUUCAGCAAGCUUGUGGGAUACCCUCAGAGCUGGGGCCUCUUCCAGAACCGCGUAACCCUGGUGGGGGACAUUUUCCACAAUGAUGGCUCCAUCAUGCUCCAAAGAGUGAAGGUGUCUGACCAAGGAGACUACACCUGCAGUAUCUUCCUGGGACACCUGGUGUUCAGGAAAACCAUCACGCUGCGUGUGAUCCAGGAAGAGCCAAGAUCAACUCCUGGACCCGAGGGCCUGGGCGGGAAUCAGUUGGUGAUCAUUGUGGGGAUUGUCUGCACCACUCUCCUGCUGCUCCCUGUUUUGAUAUUGAUUGUGAAGAGGACCCACGGAAAUAAGAGGUCAGUAAACUCCACAGCCGUGGUGAAAAGCCUGGAGACGACGCAGAGGAAGACCGAGAAACACAUCUACUCUUCAAUAGCUCCACAGGAUGUGAAGGAGGUAGAACCAAGUGGACAGUCAGAGGCCACCUACAUGAUCAUGGUGAGGAUGGUUCUGGGCCCAGUGUCUGGAGCAGGUGGCAGAACUAGAAAGGAUGUGGCAAGCUCUGGGUGGUGGGUGUAGCUAGAGUGGUGGGGGAGGGCUGAUUACUAAAGGGAGAGAUUUUUACAAAUGGAAAGUCAGGGAAAACAUGCUGUAGGUAGCAGUGUGUUCAUUAAACUUGUCUUCAUACUCUCAAGGAUUACAGGUCAUCACCAGAAAACACAGUGAGGACUAGGAAUGUGGCUUAGUGGUAGAGUACUUGUCCAGUAUUUGUGAAGCCCUGGGUUCGAUUCUUCAGGACCAUGUAAAUAGA